AUAUUAAUUUUGAAUUUAGAUAUAUUCUAAAUAAGACAAGCUUUAAAUAAAGAUAGCAAAAUGAAUCUUAGAGAAGACAUUAUCAUUGGUUUUCCAGAUCCAAUUAAAGAUAAAUUAUAAGACGCAUCUGAUGAUUUUCCUUCCUUGCUCGGUGGAGAACCAGUAUGGUUAAAUCAAAAUAGUUGUCCUGAUAGCGUUCAAUGCCCUUUAUGCAAAGGUGAUAUGACAUUUUUACUUUAACUUUAUGCACCUUUAGAAAUGGAACAUGCCUAUCAUAGAGUACUUUAUGUCUUCUUUUGCAGAAAUAAAAGCUGCCAAAAUAGAUAGGAGUCUAUUAAAUUAUUAAGAGCAUAAUAAAAGCAAAGUGAUCAAAUUACUAAUUAUAAAAGCGAUAAAUUUGCUAAAAAUAUACUUGAAAAGGCAUAUAUAAUUUCAACUGAUGUUGUUGAAUAAAAAGAAACACAAUCAUUAGAAAAAGAGUAUAUGAAGAUUGCUAAACCUUUUGAAGUUGAUGAUAAAGAAUACUAAUAAAAUAAUAAAAAGGGAGCUCCCAAAGAAAAUUAUGAUAAAGAAAAUUAACUUAUCAAGUAAUUUGCCUAAAUGGCUAUGGAGGAUCCUGAUUUUGGAUAAAAGUUUGAUAAAUUAGUAGCAGAAAGUUAUGAAGAUGAUGAAGACGAUGAUGAUGACAGCGAUUCCUGUUUUGAUAAAUUCUGUUUUGUUUUAUAAAAAUAAGAUUAUCACAUUCUUAGAUAUUGCAGAGCUAAAGAUACUACACCUCUUUGGUAUUCUGAUAAGAAAUAAUGGACUUCUCUUCCUAAAUGCAAAAAUUGUAAUAAAAAUCUGAUAUUUGAAUUCUAAUUAAACUCAUCCAUACUUAACCAUUUCCCAUCUAUGAUAGAAUAUGAUUGGGGAGUUAUUGCAUUCUACACAUGUGAAAACAGCUGCAAAUCAAAAGAAUCUAUAUUAUAAGAGCAUACUGAAAUUUAAGUUGUUCUUGAAAAGGAGUAAGUUGAGGAAAAUUUCAGAAAACACAUGAAAAUGGUUAAUGAAACAAAUGCUGAAGAAGACAAUGAAGAUGAUGAUGAUGAAGAUGAGGAUUAACAAGAAGAAGUAAAAAAUGAAGAAUAAUAAAAAGGAGAAUAAAAUUAAGAUUAAAAGGAAUAAGAAAAGAAGUAAGACUAGGAAUAAGAAAUUCCUUGCCAAAACAAUUCUUAAACAACUGCAGAGAGUGAAAUAGAAAAACCUAAAUAAAAGAAAAACAAAAAGAAAAAAGCUAAAUAAGAAAAGCAAGAAUAAGAAGCUGAAAAGCAAGAAUCAGAUGGAGGAGAAGAUUGGUGA